UGUCAGAAACUCGCAAAAGAAAAUUUUUCUGAAGUUUCAACGCUUACUAGAAAAGCCUUUGAUGGCAUGGAAGUGGUGGAUCGUAAUCAGGAAGAAUAUUCAAGAAUAAUUAUUCGGAUGCUCGCAUCGAUUCAAGUACAACUACGGGAGCUUCACCAGAAAGUCGAACACGGAAAACCUAUGUUUUCAGGAAAUGUUGGCCUCAUAGCGUCUCUUCUGCCAUUAAAAUCGAUCGCGGAGAUUGAAGUCUUUGAGAAAAAAAUCCAUGAAAAUCCGGAAAUAAAACAACAAUUUAAUACAUUUGUACAGAAAAUUGGAGGUCAUACAGCGCGUGAGGACACCCAAAGAAUUUGCACAAAGAUCUUCACAAAUUCCUGUGCAGAGUUAUGUUCAUGGAAAGGACGGAAGGGAAACUUUUGCAUUGAAGAUCUAUAUAUUAUAAAAAUAAUGCAAGAUGCUAUUUUACAUACAUAUCCGGCAACAAAAGAAAUUGAAUUCAAAGAGAUCGUCGCAGAAUGGUUCCGGUUUGCUAAACAACGACGAAAUCGAACAAUAGAAAAAGAGAAGAAAAGAGCAGAAAGAAGAAAGACAACGGAUGAGACAAGAGAGAAUGAAGCAAACUCUUAACAAGGUUAAAGAUAAUAUAAAGACACUUGCUACUGUCAUAUACCGUGAAAAAAUGCCUUUGUGUCUUUUGUCAAAAACUCUUUUUCAUAUUUUUCUUUUUUUUAUUCAUAUGAACGUUUAUUAUUAUAUAUAGUAUAUCUAGGUUAUUAUAUAAAGAAAUUCACUAUACAACGGAAUAAAAAAGUCUGCAAUUGCCAUCUUUAACGAAUGAUGCGUGACACUAUAUACAAAUAAUAAUAAUAUAGAAACAUACAUAUAAUGUAGCGUAAUAAAGAUGAGGUGGGAUGUAUUAAUUAUAUAUAUGUAAAACUGUGAUAGCGACAUUGCAAGAACCCACGUAUUAUUUUAUCACAGCCAUCAUCACUCGGUAUCUAGUCGAUUUUAGUAUCUAUUAGCAUCUAGUCGAUAGACAAUUUGCAGAAAAUGUAAAAGACAUAUAUUAAAUAGAUUGAUAAGAUAUAUAAGAUA